AAGUCGUUCGCCGACCGGCGGUACAAAGUGUCGUCGGCCAGGACAUAUUUCUACCUGAAUGAGGCGUCGUGCGAGCGAAACAUGGACAUAUUUAUCAGGUGUCUGGAGACCGUGGCGGGUGCUUCAAUGGGGAUGGGCAUCACGGCUGUGAAGUUAACGGCGCUCGGUCGGCCGCAACUUCUGCUUCAAUUGUCAGAAGUGAUCAUGCGCGCGCGGCAAUAUAUGACGGAGGUAGUCGGCGGCGAAGGUGCUGUCCUGGCGCACCACCUGAAGCCCGACGAUUUCACGAAGAAAUUCGAGGAGGCGCACAUCAAAGACGCGGCGCCGGUGCAGAAGUUUCUUCAGAAGAUUCAGUCGGACAAAGAAAGGAGCGGCAUCUUAGACGAGAAUUACAAGCUGAGCGAGACUUUCCAAGUACCUGAUAUGAAGACGGGCAAAAUGAUGAGGCUAAUAUCGCAGCUCACGUCGAAGGAGGAGGAGAUGUUCAAGAAUAUGAUCAGACGUCUGAAUAAUAUCGUCACGGUGGCCGACGAACUGGACGUUCGCAUAAUGAUAGACGCAGAGCAAACGUACUUCCAGCCAGCCAUAUCGCGCCUGACCCUCGAAAUGAUGCGCAAGUACAACGUGAAAAAGGCCGUGGUGUUCAACACUUACCAGACGUAUCUGCAGGAGGCGUUUAACGAGGUGAAAACCGACCUCGAACAGGCGGAACGCCAAAACUUUUACUUCGCUGCUAAGUUGGUUCGCGGUGCUUACAUCGAGCAGAGAACGAGAGCGGCAGCUAUGGGCUAUCCGGACCCCACGAAUCCUACGUACGAAGCCACGACCGAGUCCUAUCACAAGACGCUCAUGGAAUGCUUGAGGCGAAUUAAGCAAUAUAAGGAUAAAGGGGAGGAUCCCAAGAAGAUAGGGAUCAUGGUCGCCUCGCACAACGAGGAUACCGUGUGCUUCGCGAUCGAGAAGUCAGUCUGGUUAUUCCGCGUACAAGUACAUCCCGUACGGACGUUAAGGAGGUGCUGCCGUACUUGUCGCGGCGCGCGCAAGGGAACUGGGGUAUUCUGACGAAGGUCAAGAAGGAGAAGUGCCUGCUACUGAGUGAAAUCACGAGACGCUUUGUGCGCGGCAAGAUCUUUCACAAGCCCAAGGGCAACUACACUCCGGUUUGAACAGUCGAUUUCCUUAGUUUGCGCAGAGAGAAUUUCAAGUAUCAAGUUUAAGUAGUGGUUGUAAAUUAUUGAAAACUCUCCAAGACCUUGAUGCGGGCACUUUGGAUUGAAUGCGAGCAAAAGCAUAACCUGACGGACUUGUUGUGGUACUCGGAAAUAGAAAGAGAGAGAGAGAGAGAAAGAGAAAACUAGGCUGAUCUAAUAAAAAACGACAGAAGGUCUUCUUCUCGGAAAAACUUCCGUCGGCUUUAUCAGAUAUCAGGUCGGCCAAGAGUUUUUUAUUAGAUCGGCGUAAGACAAAGGAGGGGGGAGGGGAGAGCGACUCGCGGUAAUCCGGUUGCGUCUUAGCCCUAAUCUGGCACUCUACGUUCAUUUUCUCGACUCUAGCCGAUUUUUAAUUUGGAAUUUCUCGCAAGCUAGUGAAACGACGAGGACUUUUGUUUCUUGCUCUAAAAACGAAUUAUAGUUGGAGGUCAAUGUUAGAUUUGAACAUAAUGUUAAGCCACUUCAAUUUCCUCCCGUAUAAAGAAAAAGUGAAGUCACUUUGGAGUCGUGUCUGACCCUAUUGCGAUAUUGAGGUACAAAAUAAAAUACAAAAUAAAGAUAGAUGAUUUUUCAUUAUA